AUGGCACCGGAACCGCACCCAGCAUUCUAUCACUCGAAAAAACGUAUUUGGGAUUUCCCGGUUUCCCCUCCCGCCCUUGGUGAGGAAGCCAAAUGGCGUCUUCAAAUAAAAACUUUUUGUCUGGGUGGCUUCGAUCAGCUUUGGAAAUUGUGGUACACAGUUUUUCUAUUUACCUCCAACUGCUGGCUUGUUUGGCUGGCCAUACGCCGCUACCUUGAAUUCAAAUCUCAGGCAUACAAUCCACGAUUUGGCGAGGAGUGGAAUUACGAAUUCCCGCUGAAUUUCCAAAUUGUCUGCCUAGUGGUCGUCAUUGGUUUGUUCCCGCUCCUUAUCUACUCGGCUGUCGCUCGUGUGGGUCAUGCUGCAAACGACUGCAUCACACUGGGGAAGGACUGUGUGCACCUUCAUGGACUCCUAGCCCGGUCACCGGUCCUACGUUUCUCACAGAACGAUACUGAGACGAACAGCAACGGCGGGACCUCCAACAACAUCAGUGCAGACAGAUUGCGUUCGCAACUUGCCCACUCAUCUGUCUCACUUGCUGAGCUAGACUUUGAAUCCUUUAUUAUCAGUGACACUGAGGAAGGCUGUUGUGCAUUCCUUAGGCGGCAGCUGCGACCUUUUGCUGGACUUAUUCACGUAAUUAUUGCCUUUGCCCUUUUUGUUCCGAUCGCAGUCCUCCAGGCGGAGCAAAUCAAAAAUGAAGCCAUCGAUCCAGGCAAGUAG